AUGGCGGUGAAAUUCAAAGAAUUUUUAAAGUCCAAAGAUUUGAAGAUCGAAGAUAAUGGGGAAGCCUUAAAUGUGUCAAGAGGAGGAGGUGAGCGUAUAGAGAUAUCAAAAUCAGUGAGGUCUGACAAUUCAAAGGUAAAAUAUUUUAAUUGUAAAAAAAUCUGUCACUUUAAAAGAGAUUGUCCUGAGAGAAAGGUCAAUGAAAAUUCCGUUGAAGCUGAAGUUGCCUUGGGCGAGGAAAGUUAUGAGGAUGCCGAAGCAUUGUUAGUAUCGAGUUUGGAAACUGAAGAUAGUUGGGUGAUUGACUCAGGUUUCUCUUAUCACAUGUGUCCAAGAAUAGAAUACUUUGAAACUUUGAAGAUGGUGCAAGGUGAAGUAGUUCCCCUUGGGGAUAAUAAGGCUUGUACAAUUCAUGGUAUUGGUACGUUGAACAUGGAGUUUCCUACUAUUGAUGCUAGUAGUAGUGAGAAAACAGUUACAAAGAUCACUGAUUAUCAAUUGACUCAUGAUGAUGUAAGGAGAGUUAUUGUAGCAUCUCAAAUGGAGGAUUAUGCUAGCCUUGGAUAUUAUGUUUGA